AUGGUAGUUCGUAGUACUGGGUUUCGUCAUUUGGACAUACACAAGGCAUCAUGGCUCUCUCCUGAUCGACUGACCAGAAAUCAGAUAGAUCAUGUUGUGAUCGAUGCAAGGCAUGCAUCUAACGUACUCGACGUGCGAUCCUGUCGGGGUCCCAACAUCGACUCCGACCAUUAUCUUGUUGCAGCUAAGAUUCGCACACGGCUAUGUGUUGCGAAGGUAGCACGUCGAGGACUGUUGAGAAAGCUGGACAUCGGGAAGCUGCAAUCACAACGGACAAGGGAUGCAUUCUCCACUCAAGUCACAGGCCUACUGAGCCAAGCAACUCCAACACCUGAAGACAUCAGCAAUAUGUGGGCACUCAUAUCCCACUCCCUGCGAACUUCUGCAGAAGAGGUCAUCGGAUUCCAACGUACCCCAAAGAGGAAUCCAUGGUACGACCAGGAGUGUCGCGACGCAACAGCUGCAAAAGACGCCGCCUACGGAAGAACACUGCAAGCUGGGGCCACAAGGGCUGUUGUCGAGGUCUACAGGUCAAGGAGGAGAGAUGAGAAACGCCUCUUCAGACGCAAGAAGAGAGAACAGGAGAGGCGUGAGUGUGAGAGCAUUGAGAGCAGCAGAGACCGGAAUGAAGCUCGUAACUUCUACCAGAGGGUUAAGCGUCUGACCCAAGGUUUUAAGACUGGAGGAGUUGCGUGCAAGGACGAUGACGGAAACCUAAUCACAGAUGCAGAGAUUGUGCUGAGGUUAUGGAGGGAUCACUUCUCAAGUCUAUUAGCUGGCUCUGGCCAUGAUGACUAUGGAGAGUAUGAUCCACAAACCCCAAUCUAUGGUACUGAUGUGGACGUACCGACCCCAAGCCAUGCCGAAGUCAAGCUGGAUUCUUGA